AUGGCUUCCGGGUCCAACUCGCUGACGCUAGCCCGUUUCGCCUUCAACAUCUACGGGUCGUCGCUGCCGCAUCCCGACAAGCCGCUGCGACACAAUGAGCCCGCUCGCAUGGCGUCGCCCAGCUCGAAAAACUUCGUUUACUCUUGUGAUCGGGAACUCACGGCAAUAGCCCAGUUUUCCCACCCUUUGGGCCGCUUAAACUCGUCUUUCUACGAUACCUCGGCCUUCGUGCCGUCGCAGCAUGUCGUUCUCGGCGGAAAGAACUUCUUGAAGUUGUUGGUUCUCAAUCGAGACCAGUCGGCGCUAACCGCAGACCUCAACUUGGUCGAUCCCAAUCCGUCGCUGCGCCUGCAGCUCAUUCCGAGGCUCUUCAAUGUAAACACCAUCAAAUGUAAUGCUGACCUCAUUGCCUGCGGCUUGACGAACGGAAAUGUGCACAUUUUUCAGGUGGCCGGUAAUGGCAAGUCCAAGUUGGCGUAUCGGCUCGAUGACCAUAAGCGCGUAGUUAAUUCGAUGGAUUUCGUAGACCAGGACCAGCUCUUUUUCUCGGGCUCGCAGGACGGCUCGAUCCGAUUGUGGGAUUUGCGCAUGUACUCCCAGAAACCUGCCAUCAAGCUUCUCGCGUCGCAACACUCAGAUCCGGUCCGGUCGGUUCAGUAUAGCACGCAUCUGAAAGUGCGCGGGAAACUCACGGUUUUGUCGGUGCACGAUCUGGGCUCCAUGUGUAAGUUUGAUCUCCGGUUCCCGCCAUCCUCCGCUGUUAAAAGCAUUCUUCCAGAGAGGAAAUGGACAUUCCACACUGGGCCGGCGCUCUCCCUCCAUAUCCACCCCGAAUUGGAAUAUGUUCUCACGGGCGGGAGAGAUAGAAAGGUCUGUUUGUGGAACUACAGCGAUAGCAUCGCCAGCGCCAAGGCUCCAGACCUAAUAAUGAAUACGUACGGACCCGUCAUGAAAAUCCGGUGGAACGACACUCCAAACUUGGACCACCAAUCGCUGUUCCAUGGUAACAACAAUCAAGAAGAGACUGAUGGCAGGUCCUCAGCCCUUUACAACUACGAUUUUGCAUGUCUGUACUUGAACGACGACCCAACAAUCACAGUGUACAACUUGGCACGAAGAUACGUGCCAAAGGAAAUCAUCACCACCAAUACCAGAAAGCCAAUCCAAAACUUCACAUGGGCGCGGUCGCCCACUGGAGAGCGCCGCCUAUGGUCGAUCUCAAAGGCAAACAACUUCGUGUCAUACAACCUAGAUUGUCACAGCGACUCUCUGGUCAAUAUUUUGAGGUCUCAAGAAAAUCUUCCCGUGGUCGCCACUGCUUGGAGCGAAGGAUAUGCCAAUAUGGCUUUUGUCAGUCAAAACACUGAAGAUUUUGACAUGCACCAGCUCGAGCAAGAAAGUCCGUCGUUAGAGGAUCCUGGCAGCGAUGAUGGCAGAGCAGAGGAUGAGAAGAUCUUCAUCAAUAAACAGUCGACAGUUUCCGAAAAUGUCAAUGUGUUUUCGCGGUCAUUUCUGGCAUCGUUAAUGAACCUGCCGAAUUCUACGGCGUACAACACCACGAUGUCCCCCAAGGACAAAAUUCAUAGCAAUCGACACGGUUCUCUAUUUGGCUCGGGUGCUAAAUCGCCGUCGCCAAUUUCCUCUCAACGCCAGAGCGUGACGGAGAUCAACUCUGUUGUCUCCCCAAUGCGGCCUUCCUUGAAAAACACACCCUCGCAAUCUACCAUCGAGUCUUAUGCACUGAGUGCUGCGCAAAUGCAGCUGCUGAUAUCGCAUAGUGCUGUUGGUGCACGCAAGCAGUGGAACGAAACAACGCCUAGUGUCGUGAGUCUUUCGAUUCCGGUUGCUCUUGCUGAUGAUGCGGCGUUUGUUUCUUUAGCAUCUGAAUAUUUGAUCAGUAUCCCAGACGGUUUUUCCAUAUCUUUUGUGUGUCAAGUGAAUGCUCAGGUAGCUACCAGUGUUGAAAAGCAUAGAGAUAGUCUGGUGUGGAACCUCUUGGCGGCAAUGCUAGAUGGUGAACAUCUAGACGAAGUUGAGCCUGCAGUGAUCCCCGAAAUUGAGAUUGAGGCGGAAAAAUUCGAAGCAACCGCCGUAGAGGAAGAUCUCAAGUCGAUCUGCUCGGAGCUUGAUAACUUUGUAGCUUCGUACAAUUCGAACUCGACACUGACCACAAAUUACGGUGGUCCGAAGAGUAAUACGAGCACCACGUCAAUGACCAAAGCUCUCUUGUCCACAUCUAAGGAUUCGUCGAACUUCGGUGAUUUCCCACUGGAACGAAGGAAAAGUUUCAAAUCACCAAGGAAAUCCGAUCAUAGCGCCCACAAAGAUACCAACAAAGAUGGCCAUAGCCCGGAGCAAGAGGAUAUUCCUUUUAAAGAAUCCAUUGAUCCAGCAUCUCUCUUUAUAAGUGAGUCGGCUGAAGCAUCGGAGGCCGAGGCGCCGAAGAAAACAGAGAGCUCAACAAUCGAAGAACAGCCACAUUCAGGUUUCAAGCCUGCUUUAGCGCCAGUUCCACUCAAACCAGUGCGCAAAAAUGCAUCGCUGUCUGACUUGAACGGAAUUUCCCUGGGAGGCCACCUACUUACGAAUCCUUUCGCUUCAGAAGCAAAGUUUGUGAAUCCAGACUUCAUGGGUGAAGAUCAAUCUCCUCAGUCGCGAGCCAGACGGCCGAAUAUGCAUCGCGGAUACUCUUUUACUUCACCCACUAGUUUCCAGAAGAUACCCUUCACAAAUAAUCUGGUAUCCGAGCGAAACUUAGGAAUGUCGAACACUUUUGGAGCAUCACCGGGCUCGGCUGGAAACUCUUCAACAACAGAUGGCCCUCACACUGUGACUAGGCGCAAACUGAUCAAUCAAACUCGCAUGUACCAAUAUCUCACCAAUCAUAGCAGUUCAAGCGUGGGAUCACUUCCGGUCCCGUACGUCGAUGGAUUUAAUCCGUCUCAUGAGAAAUCGUCUGCUCCCGCCCUUGACCGAGUAGAUGAAUCUAGCAUCAAAAGUAAGGAACCGCAGAUGUCGAAACUCACUAAGGCCAUGACACAAGUCAGUAUCACUGGCAGUUCUCAAGCAAGCGAGACCAGACGGCCUUGGUAUUCUCUCAAUCUCAUAAGUAAAGCGCUUCAUUUUGCAAUUGAUGAAGGUGAUUUGGUCAUGGCGGCGACAUUUGUCUUGCUCUUUGCAGACUUGUAUCCUGGCCGAUUUUACCGAGAAGUGUUGAGUGAGAACCAGUGUCUUGAGUGUCUCGGAUCGUAUAUUGAUGCUCUUAGGACGAAGGAUCUAUAUUGCAUUGCCGUGCAUGUUGUGAAUGUUGCGCCCAAGGACUUGAAGUACCGUCUCAGUCUAUACACUUUCAAAGACGUGGACAUGAAAUUCUACUGCUGUUGGUGUCAAAAGCUUUUGGUCAAUGAGCAGUCCAAAAAUCGGUUUGGGGCUGCCAGUGAGAACUACGGCUACUGGUAUUGUGAUGAGUGUAUGAGGAAGCAGCUGAACUGUGUGUAUUGCAAUGAGCCAUGUAAGGGGCUCACGGUAGUGGUUGAUUUGGUGUGUGGACACAGGGGACACUUUGGAUGUUUGAAGGAGUGGUUCAUUGAGGACCACAACACGGCGUGUCCUGGCGGAUGCGAGAAAUGA